GGGAUGCCGGAGUCUAACCGCAGCUCUCCUCUCAUUCAUGCUGAGCGCUGCUCUCCUGUGCGCACGGAACUGCAAAGCUGAGCUUCGGAACCGGUGCUGCUGCUGCUGCUGCUGCUGCUGCUGCUGCUGCUGUCUGACAAGCCCGCCGGGAAUGGAAAUGUCUUCUGCUGCAACUCUGACAUCCUAAAAAACAUGCCAAGCAGGACGAACGCGAAGGGCGGUUUGAUCAGGCUGGUGGCAGACGAGGCUGAGGACCAGGCGAUGAGGUUAUAAAAACGACGACGGAGAAAGGAGGAAAAAGAGAACGAGGAAAGUCGACUGCUUGGAAACCCUUCUUUCGUAACCCGCAGUCCUAAAAAGGCACUGACUGAACCUGUAGAGGAUUACACACUCCAAAAAUACACACCGACACCCACUCGCUCACACCUUCCCUUCCCCUCCCCCUCACCGCCAUGUCCUCCCACCUCAACCAACCUCUUCUCAUCCUUCCCAUCCUCUUCCUUCUCCUGUCCCUGCCCAUGAGCUCCACAUCCGCUCCUUCCUCCUCUUCCUCCACCUCCUCCCUCCUCUCCUUCUUCCCGCCGGAAGGAGGCCUCACACAUUUGGUGGUUCACAACAAAACGGGCGAGGUCUACCUGGGCGCUGUCAACUGGAUCUACAAGCUGUCCAGCAACCUGACCAAGCUUCGGAGCCAUGUUACUGGCCCGGUCACGGACAACCCUCGCUGUUACCCUCCGCCCGGUGUCCAGUCCUGCCCCCACGAGCUGGUGCAGACCUCUAACGUCAAUAAACUCCUGCUACUUGAUGCUGCCCACAACCGCUUAAUUGCCUGUGGGAGUACUUCCCAGGGAAUAUGCCAGUUCCUGCGUCUGGAUGAUUUGUUCAAGCUCGGCGAGCCCCACCACCGCAAAGAGCAUUAUCUAUCCAGCGUCGCCGAGGCAGCCACCAUGUCAGGUGUCGUGAUCUCCCCGGAUCUUUUCGGCGGAGGUGGGAAGCUCUUCGUCGGCACUCCCAUUGAUGGGAAAUCGGAGUACUUCCCGACGCUGUCGAGCCGCAAGUUGAUGUCCAACGAGGAGAACGCCGACAUGUUCAGCUUCGUCUACCAGGACGAGUUUGUCUCCUCGCAGCUGAAGAUCCCCUCAGACACGCUCUCCAAGUUCCCGGCGUUUGACAUCUACUACAUCUACGGCUUCAACAGCGAGCAGUUUGUGUAUUAUCUGACCUUACAGCUCGACACCCAGCUCACCUCGCCAGACGCAAGCAGCGAACAGUUCUUCACCUCUAAAAUCGUCCGCCUGUGCGUCGACGAUCCGAAGUUCUACUCCUACGUUGAGUUCCCCAUCGGCUGCACCAAGGACGGAGUGGAGUACCGCUUGGUUCAGGAUGCUUACUUGGCCCGGCCGGGAACCCGUCUGGCCCGUUCACUUGGCAUUUCAGAGCAUGAGGAGGUUCUGUUUACCGUGUUCGCCCAGGGUCAGAAGAACAGAGCCAAGCCGCCCAAGGAGUCGGCUUUGUGUCUGUUCACAAUGAGACGGAUAAAGGAGAAGAUUAAAGAGAGGAUUCAGUCGUGCUACAGAGGAGAGGGGAAACUCUCCCUGCCCUGGCUGCUCAACAAGGAGCUGGCCUGCAUCAACUCGCCGCUGCAGAUUGAUGAUAACUUCUGCGGCCAGGACUUCAACCAGCCUCUAGGGGGCACCACGGCCAUCGAAGGCGUCCCGCUUUACGUGGACAAAGACGACGGCAUGACCUCCGUGGCGGCCUAUGACUACCGCGGACACACUGUGGCGUUCACCGGCACCCGCGGCGGACACAUGAAGAAGAUCCUGGUGAACUCCAUCAACCAGCCUGCCUUGCUGUAUGAGAAUGUGGUCGUGAGCGAAGGGAGCCCCAUCCUGAGAGAUCUGCUCUUCAGCCCAGAUCAUCAGUACUUAUAUGCCCUCACCGAUAAACAGGUCACCCGUGUACCAGUGGAGAGCUGUGAGCAGUACAGCUCCUGCGGAGCCUGCCUGGGAUCAGCGGACCCUCACUGUGGCUGGUGUGUGCUACAUAAUGUAUGUUCGAGGAAGGAUCACUGUGAGCGAGCCGAGGAGCCUCAGCGUUUCACCACCAGAGUGGAGCAGUGUGUCCGACUCUCCGUCCAACCCGACACUGUCUCUGUCACAAUGUCAGAAGUGCAGUUGUCUCUUCAGGCGCAAAAUGUGCCCAGUCUGUCUGCUGGAGUGAACUGCUCCUUCGAGGACUACGUAGAGACAGAAGGACGCAUCUACGGCGGACGGAUCUUCUGCCUGUCCCCCUCUACAAAAGAGGUGUCCCCCAUCACUCGAGACCAAGGUGACCAACGUGUUAUAAAGUUGUAUCUGAAAUCAAAGGAGACGGGGAAGAAGUUUGCCAGCGUGGACUUUGUCUUCUACAACUGCAGCGUCCACCAAUCGUGCCUCUCCUGUGUCAAUGGAAACUUCCCCUGUCACUGGUGCAAAUACCGCCACAUGUGCACGCAGGAUGCCAGCGACUGCUCCUUCCAGGAGGGACGAGUCAACACCUCGGAGGAGUGCCCUCAGAUCCUGCCCUCCACCCAGAUCUAUAUACCUGCUGGAGUUAUGAGACCGAUCACCCUGCUGGCCCAGAACCUGCCCCAGCCCCAGUCCGGACAGAGGAACUACGAGUGUAUCUUCCACAUCCAGGGCAGCACGCACAGCGUCCCGGCUCUGAGGUUCAACAGCACCAGCAUACAGUGUCAGAAGACCACGUACGACUACGAGGGAAGUGACAUCAGUGACCUACCAGUCGACCUGUCCGUGGUGUGGAAUGGAAACUUUGUCAUCGACAACCCGUCCAACAUUCAAGCCCACCUGUACAAGUGCAGAGCGCUGCGAGACAGCUGUGGUAUGUGCCUGAAGGCCGACCCCAGGUUUGAAUGUGGUUGGUGCGUCCAGGACAGGAAGUGCGCCCUCAGACAGGAGUGUACCGUUGGAGGAAAUUCCCACCUUCCGCUGCAGCUGGCUGAAGGCGGAGGAUGGAUGCACGCUACCUCUGGAAACAGCCGCUGCACCCACCCCAAGAUCACUAAGUUGUUCCCUGAGACGGGGCCUCGCCAAGGCGGAACUAGGGUGACCAUCCUGGGGGAGAACCUGGGUCUGCAGUUCAGAGACAUCCAGACGGGUGUCAGGCUGGGCAAGGUACCAUGUGUACCUAUUGAGGAGGAGUAUGUUAGCGCAGAGAGAAUAGUGUGUCUGCUGAACGACGCUACCGGCUACAGGGUCCAAGAAGCUCAGGUUGAGGUGUGCGUGAGAGACUGCGUCAACGACUACAGAGCCCUGUCGCCCAGGCCAUUCACCUUUGUGACUCCAUACUUUACACGUAUCCAGCCAUCUCAGGGCCCCAUUUCUGGGGGCACCCGGGUCACCAUCGAAGGAAGCUACCUCAACGCAGGCAGCUACGUCUCUGUCAGCAUAGGACCGCAGCCCUGCUACUUCAAAAAGAGGAAUGCCCGUGAGAUAGUGUGCGUCACACCAGCUGGCCUAGCAGCAGGCGGUGCAUCAGUCUUGGUGGACAUCGACGACGCUGAGCUCCGAAACCCUGAGGUGAAGUUUAACUACACUGAAGACCCCACAGUCCUGAGAAUUGAACCUGACUGGAGCAUUGCCAGCGGUGGGACUCUGCUUACAGUGAGCGGGACCAACCUUGCAACCAUCCGAGAACCAAAGAUCAGGGCCAAGUACGGGCAGGCGGAAUCCUUUCAUAACUGUACGGUGUAUAAUAACUCAGUCAUGGUGUGCCUGGCUCCAUCGGUGGCGGAUUCAGAGCUGGGAUUUUCUGAGACCGGCACAGGCCCAGAUGAGAUCGGGUUCUACAUGGACAACGUGAAUGCUCUGGUGGUGGUCAACGAGACGUUCAGCUACUACCCCGACCCUGUGUUUGAACCGUUGAGUCCCUCUGGGACACUGGAGCUCAAGCCCACGUCGCCACUCAUUCUCAAGGGUCGCAACCUGAUCCCCGCAGCUCCGGGUAACAGUCGCCUCAACUACACGGUGCUGAUCGGCGAGACUCCCUGCGUCCUCACCCUGUCUGAGAGCCAGCUGCUCUGCGAAUGGCCCAACCUCACCGGACAACACAAAGUCACGAUCCGUGCUGGUGGGUUCGAGUACUCCCCCGGGACUCUUCACAUCUACUCGGACAGCCUGCUGACGCUUCCUGCCAUCAUAGGCAUCGGAGGGGGUGGCGGCCUGCUUCUGUUGGUCAUCAUCGCUGUGCUGAUUGCCUAUAAGAGGAAGUCGAGGGACGCUGACCGCACCUUGAAACGUCUGCAGCUCCAGAUGGACAACCUGGAGUCCAGGGUGGCCCUGGAGUGUAAAGAAGCUUUCGCCGAGCUUCAGACAGACAUCCACGAGCUGACCCAGGAGCUGGACGGAGCUGGGAUUCCUUUCCUGGACUAUCGGAUUUACGCAAUGAGGGUCCUCUUCCCAGGCAUAGAGGACCACCCUGUGCUCAAGGAGAUGGAGGUACGGGUCCAGGCAAAUGUUGAGAAGGCACUGACGCUGUUUGGCCAGCUGCUGACGAAGAAGCACUUCCUGUUGACGUUCAUACGAACCCUGGAGGCACAGAGGUCAUUCUCAAUGCGGGACCGAGGCAAUGUGGCAUCACUGAUCAUGACAGCCCUGCAGGGGGAGAUGGAGUACGCCACCGGAGUCCUGAAACAGCUGCUGUCCGACCUGAUAGACAGAAACCUGGAGAGCAAAAACCAUCCCAAGCUGCUGUUAAGGAGAACGGAGUCGGUCGCUGAGAAGAUGCUGACCAACUGGUUCACAUUCCUCUUGUAUAAGUUCCUCAAGGAGUGUGCCGGGGAGCCUCUGUUCAUGCUUUACUGUGCCAUCAAGCAGCAGAUGGAAAAGGGACCCAUAGACGCCAUCACAGGAGAGGCCCGCUACUCCCUCAGUGAGGAUAAACUCAUCAGGCAACAGAUUGACUACAAAACACUGACGUUGCACUGUGUAAACCCAGAGAAUGAGAACGCCCAAGAGGUGACGGUCAAGUGUCUGAACUGUGACACCAUCACUCAGGUCAAAGAGAAGCUGCUCGAUGCAGUGUACAAGGGCAGCCCCUAUUCACAAAGGCCCAAGGCUUCUGAUAUGGACCUGGAAUGGCGUCAAGGCCGGAUGGCCAGAAUCAUUCUGCAGGAUGAAGACGUCACAACUAAGAUCGACAAUGACUGGAAACGCCUCAACACACUGGCUCACUAUCAGGUAACAGAUGGCUCGGUGAUCGCCCUGGUGCCAAAGCAGAACUCUGCCUAUAACAUUUCCAACUCCUCCACCUUCACCAAGAGCCUCAGCAGAUACGAGAGUAUGCUGAGGACAGCCAGUAGUCCAGAUAGCCUACGAUCCCGAACACCCAUGAUCACCCCUGACCUGGAGAGUGGAACCAAAUUGUGGCAUCUGGUGAAGAACCACGACCACUCGGACCAAAGGGAAGGCGACCGAGGCAGCAAGAUGGUCUCUGAGAUCUACCUGACCAGGUUGCUAGCUACAAAAGUAAGACAAAAGGAUUUUGUGGAUGACCUUUUUGAGUCUAUUACGUCCCCAAGAGGCAGCGCGCUGCCGCUGGCCAUCAAGUACAUGUUCGACUUCCUGGACGAGCAGGCCGACAAACACUCCAUCACAGACUACGACGUACGACAUACCUGGAAGAGCAACUGUCUUCCUCUGCGGUUCUGGGUGAACGUCAUCAAGAACCCCCAGUUUGUAUUUGACAUCCAUAAGAACAGUAUCACGGACGCCUGUCUGUCUGUGGUGGCCCAGACCUUCAUGGACUCCUGUUCAACGUCAGAACACAAACUAGGAAAAGACUCACCUUCAAAUAAGCUACUCUACGCUAAAGACAUCCCCAACUACAAGAACUGGGUGGAGAGGUAUUACUCCGAUAUCUCCCGUAUGCCAGCCAUCAGUGAUCAGGACAUGAGUGCCUACCUGGCAGAGCAGUCCCGCCUACACCUCAGCCAGUUCAACAGUAUGUCUGCGCUGCACGAGAUCUACUCCUACAUCAUCAAAUACAAAGACGAGAUCCUGUCGGCGUUACAGAAGGACGAGCAGUCGCGCAGACAGCGGCUACGCGGCAAGCUGGAGCAGGUCAUCGACACCAUGGCGCUGGCCAGCUGAGGACCGGCAAAUCGGACGCCUCGGCUAGGGGGGAGAACUGGCCAACCAACACGCCUUCCCUGACAACCUUUGUCGCCCGUGAAAUUUUGACCCUCGGCAUUUGAAGUCAUUAUCACCCUCACAAACAACAACAAACGGCAGCGAAAAAAAAAAAAAAAAAAAAAAGACUGCAAAGGACACAAGUACCCAGCAGCAGCAGCAGCACACUGGAGAGACAGCAGAGUUUGGAAACUACGGCCCUGCCAGCCGGGUUGGCUUUUUGUUUUCUCUGAGCCACCAACACAAGCCCCUUAACAACCAAAUGAAGCGCACCCUCAUUCUUCAGCCGAUAUGGACCUCAGCUCAGGAGAGCGUUUGUUUUCAUGAAGGGCCCUCAUCACAUCUGGAGUCCUACGGGUGCAGCAGUUGGGUACUUUGGCCACAAUCAGGACCGGUACAUGCACAUUGGUGACCAAACACUCAUCUUGCUGGAUAUAGAGCUGGAAAAUGCUACAGGAAAGGAAAGGUAUAAGCCACCAGCUAGUAGCUCGCCACAGCCAAGGCUACGGUUCAGACUGUGAGCCAAUACAAAUCCAGGAUAUAUCACUGCGAUACUUGAUCCCUGUGAGGAAUUUCUCUUUUCUGUUUGCCGUCCUCCACAGAGAGGUCAGGGGUCAGAGAGAGCUUACAGAGCAGCAGCCGUGGAGCUGUUAAUGGAUUCAGUGUGUUGCUCAAAGACACUACAGCAGGGUGGAUGGCUGCUAGGCAACACGUAGGCCGCAGCCACUGCAGGGCAACCAGGCGAAAGGGACUUUGCAGGGAAACUGUUCCACCAGUACUGACUCUCAAACUCUCUAAACAAGAACUCCACUAUUAGUCCAACGAAGGACAUUUUCAGUUUCAUAACUCUGCAUUUAAUUUGUCAUUGCAUUUGAUUUUGUUUUCUUUUUCUCUCCCCCAACUGAACUGCCCACUCUCCCCAGUGCUGUGCCACUUGUGUUACUGCUGAAUUUGCACAACAAAGUUGAAUCAAAAGAGAGUAGAGGAUAUAUGAAUAUAUAUAGAUAUAUAAAUACAAACCUUCUUUUUUUUUAAACAAAUGAAAAGUUGAAAAAAAAACACGUUUUUCCAUUUUAAUGUACAAAAGAUUUGAUAUUUCCAAGAUGAAAAAUUAUGAAAACACAAAGGAAAAAGUCGUCCUGUGCCAUGUUUUACUUUGAAUGUUGUUUAGUGCAAAGAGACUUCUUUUCGUUAGAUGAAAUGUGCUAUGAUGAUAAUGUUGUCAUGCUUAGUGACUGAAAGUGAGAGUUUAAAAAUAGGUAAAUGGCAAAAUAUAUAUAUAUAUGUGUGUAUAUAUAUAUAAUAUAUAUAUAUAUAUAUAUAUAUACUACAGAUAGUUUCUAUAUUUCAUGAGGUCGUGGGACCGUUGUGUGUUACAUAUUUGGCUCUGAAGGUAGUAAAAAGACAAGUGAUGUCUGUGAGACAACCGACCUACAGUGCUUUUGUGUUUGUUUUAGAGAAACCAAAUACAUCAAGGCCUGCUCAGCUGAUUUAGGUGACACGAAAGUCAUUCCCGUGGAAGCCAGCCUCGUGCUGUGGUAGCAGACAACUAGAGAGGCAGUAGGCAGACAUUUGAACAGUUGAACCCUGGCACACGCCGUGCUCGAGAACUUGUUGUUCUUAUUUUCUGGACUUCUCUUGUCUGAAAAAAAAUGUUAUGAGGUGUGCCCUCCUAAAUGAAGGACAGUUCUGAUGUGCAGAAAAAGGUGAAACAGUAUUGUCUAAUUUCUUUGCUUGUUUUUUAGUCUGCAGUAAAGACAGUAAAGCUAAAGGUUCCACUUUUGACAUGUGAAUGUGGUUUUUGAAAAAGAUAAUGAAAUGUAGCUUGAUUUAUGUAAGUGUUUUGUACCAGUUGAAGGCCUAUCUCUUUUUUUCGUUUUAUAGGGGUAAAAAAAAAAAAAAACUUAAAAUGUUUGUUUUUUUCUGUACGUGCUGCUCCACAUUAACUUGCAGUGCUUCAAAAAACAUGCAUUCAUAAAUAAGACAUUCCUUUCUCUUAUGAGUGUACAAAUUGUACAAGGCUAAUAUUAAUGGCUAGAAAAUACACAAACAGGGUUAUAUACAGUAAACCAUGUGUUGUAUUCCAUUCUACAAGAGCUUGUUAUGAAAUGUAGAGCACCAGACCAGGCAUAUCAACGACUUCCCGACUCUUCUACGUAUCCCUGUUUGAUUGGUUUGAAAGCAAAUCGUUUUUUUCUUUCAAAAGGGUGACGAAAAAGUAGGUUAAAAUGCAUCAAAUGCACAUUUUAGAACAAGGUGACUUUAAAGGGAACAGUUUAAGAUGCCACAAAAUGAUUUUCUUUUUCUUCCUCUUCGACAGUGCUUCCCUCAGAUUUUCCCACUGUGACAGAGUGGAAAGGACUUGUUUCAGUCCAGUUCAGAUAGCACAGAGCUUUGCAGAUGCAUCAGGAACCUUGCAGGCCAGAGCUGUCGUGAAAGGCCGGGUAGGUUUCUCUCAAAUCAAAUUAAAAGUUCCUAUAACCCCUCUGAGUUAUCUUUUUCGCUUGCCCAAGACCCUAUACUUAGACAGUCUGAGCUACAGUUUGAGAAGAGGAAACUGAAAGAUCCCAGUCAUUUCCAACCUCUGUCUUACUUUCUCGAGUCAUUCUAUUUUGGUGAUGGAUUCUUGUGAUUGUUGAAGGGAUCGCUGCUCGUUAGGAAAAGUGCCAGUGGAUCAAAGGGAAACUCCUAAAAUACGUUUAAACACAUAAAGAAUCCGUCUGCAGUAAGACCUACCCACAUGCCGUUUUGUCACUAUCCAUGGCCUCAAAACGUGCCGAUUUAGGAGCAGAUGCUAAUUUUAGCUGGCACAAAGAAAUUUCAGGUUCGCUGACGACGCAUUCACAUGCUCAAGAAUUUAUUGUAACUUUAAAAAAGCCAACACGGAAAAACCGCGCAGCUCAAACAUGCCUUACACACUUGCAAAAUUGUUUAGCUUAAAAAUUAACAUCUACAGUCAAUGAUGAUUGAAAACUAAAUGAUUAGUUUAUAAUAUAUAUAUAAAUAAUGCAAUUGAUGUGGAAUAAUAUACUUUGAGUUGUGACAAACAUUUCGUAUAUUCUAAUGACAUGAACACAGAGGACCAGCAGCCAAGAGCGCAAAAAUCUGCAUAAGUCGGGGUGGUGGACGGGUCCCAGAACACAGGACUUUAACCCGGGGGGAGCAAUGUUUGUGUCCUGGAAGUACUGCCUAAAGCUAUAGUGCAUAGUUUCUGUCCCCCCAUGAGGCACCUCCACAUGACACAACCCCAGCCCUCCUCCACGUAGUUGCUAGUAGCCAAGGAGGACACGGAGGAUAAAAAAACAAAAAAAACAUGAUGGACUCUUCAUAAGAGGUAAUUAUCUUCACUCGUUUUUCUGCGCACAAAAGUCGCCGGAUGACACCAUUUUCUGAACAUAGCCAUACUGAGAAAUACAGAGAGAGUUUUGUCUCUUUGAGCAGCAAUCCCUCCAAUCUUUUAAAAUGGCAAAUAAUAUAAGUUUUUAUAAGAAUGACUUUGAAAUAACCUAUAUUAUCAUUAAAUGUUGAGUCACUGCUAAAAGUACUUGCAACAUGUUAGCUGUUAGUUGAUGUUGGCUACUGCAGAUGGGGCAUUUACCUAGGUGAUCAGAGUGCUAAAUUCAUUGAACUAUAUUUUUCCAGCUAUCUGCCAGAAGUGAACAAUAUAUCUUCUCUCCAUCGUUGCCCAAGCACUGAAGGCCUCUAACAUGGCCGAUAGUGGGAAUGUCACUCUAUGGAAGAAAAAAAAAAAGCCAAACUUAGACUUAAGUAACAGAAUUCUAUGGCAAAUUUAAAGCCAUCUCCUUUUUUCUGGACCUAUCCUUAUGCCACCAAACCAAACACAUUGCUGCUGUCAAAUAAAAACUCUUGAAAGGAGUACAUUACCCUUGAUAUAGUUUGGAUUAUUAUGAAAAUCCAGAUCGUUAUAUAUUAGCGUGUAGUUCUCAGAUGCUGUGUUUUUAUCUGACAGCAAAUAUGUGUCUGAACAGAAUGAAACGUGCUGUAUGUGCUACAAUACUUGAACCACUGACCUACACAGGGUAAAACAACAUACAGGACGGCUGACCAAAGCUUUAUUCAUCAGGAGAACAGCUCUGGGACAAGAGCAUAUCUCUGAUCCAUCUUCUUUUCAGUUCUUCCACAAAAUGACUCAAGCACUCCGCUAUAGUCAUUUAAAUACCCCGUCAUUGAACUGUUUGUCUUUAUGCUCGAUGAAUAGUGAAAUUGAGGCGACGUUACUUCCGUGUACAGGCACUCAUUUACACAUUCCGUUCAAUUUGAAAGAAUGACUUAAACGGUCUGAGGAUCUGGACCACUGUAUUGAUGUUUGACUGCUAUUCAUUGGCUUAAUUUUUCUUUUGAUGAAGAUGUGUGAAGAUGACUUUAGUGAUGUUGAACUAGUAAUGAGGCUUAGUUAGCGAAGUAUGAAAAAAAAAAAGUGCUGCAGUACCAAGAAGGCCCACUUGGUCUCUGGUGCUUAGUUUCUCUUCUUGUUUUCUGCUUUACCACUUGUUGGGGUAAAAGAUGAAAAGACUUGGGCAAUGCAGAGGAAAUGCUUUGAAGGCUAUGGUACCAUAGGGUUCAUUUUUCCAUUCCGUUGCAUCUGUGGUGUUCAACUUCCACAUAAAAAAAGACAGUGAUGAAGGACGAGGGUGGAGUUUGAGAAGGAAAGAGGUGGAGGGAGAGAUUGACCAAACAGAACUGUUCACUGUGCCUUGUCAGCCCCUUUCCCAUACUGAAAACGAUGUACAACAUUUUUCAUUAAAAUCAAUAUAUUUAGAUAUACAUUUUGACAACAAUCAUUUAGGAUGUAUUUGGAACUUAUAAAAUAUUCAUAUAUUUUGUGGAAUAUGCUCAUUGGCUUUCUUUCCCAGACUGAGAUGAGGAGAUUGAUACCAAUCUCAUGUCAGAACGUUUAGCCAAGCUAGCAUGAAAAAGGAAAGAGCUAGCCUGGUUCAAUCAAUAUAGGGAAAACAUAUGUCAACCAACGCCUCAAAAUAUGCUAAGUGAACAAUUUGUAUCUUAUUUACAUCAUGUAAAAUCAUGUUGUGGUAGAAAGAGUGGGCCUAACUUAAAGUCAUUACUUCAGUUUUUCACUUUGCUUUAUGAUAAACUGAGCUAAGCUAACUACGUCCUGAUUCCAGCUGUGUUCUUAACAUACAGACAUAAGAUUGAUAUUGUAUUAUCUCACUCUCUAAAACAAAAAAAUGAAAGUGUGCUUAUUCGCUUUCUUGCCAAUUGACUUAGGUAGAAGAUUAAUACCUCUUAUAUCUGUCUGUAAAGUGUGAAGCUGGAGCCAGGAUACAGUUAGCUUUCCAUAGCAUAAACACUGAAAGCAGGGAAAAACAGCUGGCUUAACUCUGUCCGAAGGUAACUUUUUUUUUUUUAAAUAACAAAUAGUGCACCUACAAGCACCACUUAGCUAGCUAAUUUAUACCUUAUAUAUUAUUACAUUAUAUCGCAUUUGCCAAAGCCAGGCUAGCUGUUAUGCCUGCAUCUAGUCUUUCUGCUUAGCUAACCGUAUCCUAGCUCUAGCUCAAAAUUUAGCAGCAGACGUGGGAGUGGUAUCAAUUUUCUCAUCUAACUCUGUGAAUGAGAGCAUUUCCUAAAACUGUUUCUAUUAAAAAAUAAUUAGAUAAAUCAGGAACCCACAAGCAUUUUGGGAUAUUCUAAAAGCCAUUUCUGAAUCUAUUCUAAGUGUUUGGAAACUGACUUAUUUUUCAGUAUGGGCUGCACCCUCCAACGUGACACCUCCUCAGACCCAUAUAGACAGACCAACGCACAACCUUAAUACUUCCCCUCGUGUGCCAUUUUUGAUCACCCUCCAAACCGCAACACUCAAGUUACAGCAAGUUUCUCAUCCCUCCAGUUCUCUCCAGCUUCCUCACCUGCUAAGUUCACUUUGAUUAAAGUACAUUUCAGAGAAGGUGCAUAGGACAUAAAAAAACAACCUUCACACAGAUUAAAGACGAGAGAGGUAGAAAGGAAAAAAAAUUAUCUUAAAGAGUUUUAAUACUUUAUGAAUUCUGAUACCUUUUUAAGAGUUUCAGACUUGAAGCUGCUGUGACAGGUUUUGGCUGUUUCACGCCCGUGUAAAUAUCCUGCUCUUUCCUAUUUUGCAGAUUUAUUACCUGUAAAUAGACACGCAUCAAGGAGAGAUUAAACAUGUUUUUUGCUAAA